UAUGACAAUUUUCAAUAAGACGUACUCGAAGAAACAGGCUACAACAGUGCUACUUGAUGAUGAAAUUAAAGUUUCUCUUCGCUCUCACAUUGGCUCUGAUCACGGUUAAACAAGUCAAGACAGAUUGCAGAAAAGACCUAAGCGGGUUUGAAAAGCUUCUUCUAGAGGAGCACAAUAAAAUCAGAGAUUUAUACCCUGAACUGCCAAGUUUAUGCUAUGCUGGAAGCGCUAAUGGAAUCCACCUCAACGCUCAACAGUGGGUAGAAAGUAGUACAGCUAAUAAAACUACAGUUGAUGAUUUAUCGCACAGUCCCUUGGCAGUAGAAAAAAAGGUAGGAGAGAACAUAGGAAAAAUGCUUGCGGUUGAAGGUGACGUAGAAACGGUCAUAUCUAUUGUGAGAGAUUGGUUCAAUCCUUGUCAGUAUGUACUGUUAGAUCUUAUCGAUGCUCAGGGGAUAGACGACUAUGGGUUAAGGAAAUGCGCUCAGAUCCUGUGGAAGAGUACCAUGUAUGUCAACUGUGGCCUUAAAAUAAUGCCAGACAAGCAAGUUUUAACAAUGUGUCAAUAUUAUCCUCCUAUGAUUCUAGCAUCUAGUAAUAUCAAGGAGAACCUUGUAUCAUUGACGGGUCGGGAACACAUCAUAGAGGACCAGCGGAGUUAUCAGUUCAACUUCAGUAGGUCACAAUUACAGUUUAAAGCAUUCCAAGCUGUGGAGUUCGGACUAACCAUAUUUCAAAAUAACACGCGAGGACCUUUAUUGGAAUGGAAGUUAGAUCCUCAAAAAAAUGCAAUUUAUUAUUUAAAGUACUGUGACUUAGAAUUGCUAGUCAACGAAAACACCGAACACUACACACAAAUUGUGUACACUCUUUACACAAUAAAAGUAAAUGAAGUGGGUUUCGAAAUAUUGGCCAAUGGAACAACGAUGUUUUUCAUCGAAGUGGGAAAGAUCGAAGGAGCAGAGGAUUGCCUGGAGGACUGGAAAACUUUGACUAAAUCAGAAUAUGCCGGUUUCAAGACAAGGAUUAUAGGAUACUUAAAAUAUGAUAUUAAAAAUUGGUUUAGACCUUUGCCAACUUCAAACUUAAAGAAACUAGACAUCGAUUAUGGUAUGAAAAUAGAAGACUUAUUUUCAAGAGAUGAAAGGGGCAAAAGGCAAGCAGAUGUGACAGGAAUUUAUGAGACAGAGAACAACGUAUUUGACCUUGAUGAUGACGAUAACGACUCAUCAUCACAGAAGUUAACCGAUAAAAAGCAUUACAUUAUAACUGACAACGAUGGCAAGAAAAUAAACGUUACUUUCCCACCGAUUCACGUGACAUUUGGUACACGAACAAACGGAGCAGCUAAAACCUUUAUAGACACCACUGAUGAUUUUGAAGGAAUAGAAAGAUUUCAGCUCAUACUCCAGCAAGGGGAACAUAAAGGAAUCCUCACGGGUAAUGAUCAACUUUACACUUGGCAAGAAGCUAAGAAAGCGUAUGAGGAAAAGGGACUUUUGCUUCCGUACAUUACUGCCGAGCUUAAGUCGAACGACUUCGGAAGGUCGUUGGAGUUCGAUGUGGGGAACAAACUGAGCUUCGGUGGAUAUUACAACGGAGAAUUAGUGGACGAUACCAGCAAAUAUACACUCAGGAUAAGGGGGGUUGUGAAGGAUAAGGACCACGAGAGAAUUAUUAUUGACACAGAUGUGAUAGGUGAGAUUGACAGGACUAAGAAAAUGAGUUUCAUCAGCGCCGGAGGAGCGUCUGUAUUCUUAGUAAUUAUCAUUGGCUUCAUUGUCUCUCAUUUCAUACGAAAAAGAAGAGAGAAAAGACGUGUUAUAGAAACUAUAGCAAAGUUCAAUGAUAUGCUGGCUAAUGAUGACCGUCGAAUCAGCCCACCAGCAUCGCAAGCCUUUUCAUCGCUGCAGGUUCCCGAAUCCAAGAGCGCGAUGACAACUAACACGGCUAGCACUGAAUGGUGGACACAGGAUGAAACAGAGUGCCAGUGUGCAGGGACGUGUCACUGUGCAGAUAAAUACAGUGAUCAGUACGAUCAGUACGAUCAGUACGAUCAGUACGGGGAUUGUGAGGUAGAGCAGUACGACAGUCAGGGGGAUGCUGCCUUUGGAGCCCAAUAUUCUGCAGUUGAGGCAGCAUCGAGACUGCUUAGCGAAAAUGAUAAAAAUAUUGUGAAAAGGAGAGGGGGAUACCCGUGAUUUUUUCAUUA